AUGAGUCUUGAUCUUAAUAUCGGGUGGAAAGAUAGAGAAAGGGAGAAAAUUGGCCUCAAUGCAAGGUGUUCGCCUUCCAUGCAGGACUAUUCAUCAUACGGGAAGGAACUGGUGGAGGUGUUGUCGGUACGUUAUAAAGGUCAGGGAGAUCCAAGCUGCACCAUCAUCGUCUACGAUGGUAAGCGCGGGCAGAUCAUCUACACACAAAGUGGCCAGGGCGACAUGAGAGUAUCUCACGAACAUUCAAAUUCUGGCACUCAGAAUGGAAGCAAUGAUCGCCGGCUUCUGCUGACGGGUCCUUAUCGAGUGAUCUCAAUGGAUGGGUGCGUUCUCAUCGAGUACAAUAUCGAUGAUCACUGCCAUGCUAAGAUACUUCUAGACAUUGAUGAUCCAUCCACAAAACAUGAUGAGGCCGUCACAGCCGAACUGGGUUGUACGUGUGAUAACCACCCCAAAGCAGUGGUCACGUACGCUCUUCUGAGCAACGCGGUAGAAGCCAUUGUUGAGGUGAAGCUCCACCAACGACGAGAUAAUACUUUCUAUGGGACGAUCAUUGCUUACAGUUAUCUAGGUGACGUCGUGCUCUUUGAAACAGACAAUGAGAAGACACUCAUUGGGUCGUCACAAGAGCCGACGAUUAUCCCAUUAGCUAGAUCGGUUCUUGCCGUGCCAUUGGAUUCGUCCCUACAGAUUGAAGUGGAUCUAUGGAAUCAUUCCAAUGGUAAGAUCGUGAAAGGCCUCGUGUCGUGUCAGGCCCACCUGAACAGCAAUCAUGUGGUGCACCUUGAUGGGGAGAAUGGUCAGGUGGAUGUGAAGAUCACAUGGUCAGACUAA